AAACAUUAAUGAGCAGAGUCCUCAAACAACCACUAGAGGGCAUCCAGUCAAAAAAUUUGACCAGUGAGGAAAUAAACCCGGAACGUAAACAUGAACCCGGCGAUGUGUCAUUUCCGGUCAGGCUAUUUUCAUUCAAUAAAAUGGCAACGCCGAGCAGUGGCACUUCCCGGCGUUUAGUCCAGUAUGUGAUCGUCCGAUCAGACCUUAUACACACUUUAUCAUGGCCUUUAGGAGCGGUUAUAACUCAAGCCUGUCACGCGGCCACUGCUGCCAUUCAUUUACACUACAGUGACCCUGAUACUCAGGAAUAUCUGGCAGAACUGGACAGCAUGCACAAAGUAGUGCUGCAGUUUCAAAGUCCCCACCCCCACCCCACCCCACAGGCUCCAGAUGAGGCAUCUCUCAACACUCUUUCCAGUACUCUACGUGAAAAAGACAUUGCACAUAAACUGUGGCUGGAGCAGCCUGAGAAUAUCCCCACAUGUUUGGCAUUGAAGCCCUACCCUAAGGAGACUAUGCAGCCAUUUCUAAAAAAGUUCAAGCUUUUCAAGUGAAUUCUGUAAGAAUUGUGCAAUAUUCUGAAAUGAACUGUACAAUGUAAACACAAAGAGUGGUGAGAAUGGAAUUUUGGCUGAAUGAACCUGCUAAAACACCCUUAACAUCACAUCUUUGGUUUUCAACCACAUUUUGUCUUGAUUUACCUCUGUGGCAAAAGAUUACUCACUUAAGUUGUGUUAGUAAUGUAAGUUCUUUAAUAUCUAACAUGAAAACUGAAUGUCUUUAUUCUGCAUUGUGAUCAGUUUGGGCAAUACAUUUAAUCAGUGUCGACAAUGGAAUCUGAACUAAUCUCAAAUGUUUUUAAAAUGUAUUGGAAGGGCUUUUGAAAUAUGUAUGCUUUAACAAAUUAAUAGUUUAAACUAAGACGUAAGAUGUGCUGGUGGGUUAGUAAUUAUGGACUGUUAAUAUAUAUGUGCAGUGAGGGAGUUAUAUCGUGACCAGUGAUGCUCGAUUCUUGAGAGAAUGAGUCUUUUUACCUUGGAUUCUCGAACAAAAGAGCCUUAUUAGCUGUUUGUAUUUUUGGGAAGAAAAAAAAAUAACAUGGUGACCAAUAAAGUUCGAUUUUCUUGUUAAUGACUUAAUGAGCCGGUUCUUUUUAGUAAAUCAAGGUUACAUCGCGACCAGUGAAGCUUGAUUCUCGAGGGAAUGAUUCUCGUGAGCCGGUUCUUUCAAUUAAUCACGAAGUUACAUCGUGACUAGUGAUGCUCGAUUCUCGAACGAAAGAACCUUAAGAGUCGGUUCUUUUUAAGUGAAUCAAAGAGUUACAUUGUGACUUGUGAAGUUAGUCUUUUUCGAGUUAACUACUCCUAUGAGCCGGUCUUUUUAGUCUAUCAAAAAGUUAUAUAGUGAACACACAAGUUCGAUUCUCGAGUGCAUUACUUGCGAGUCGGUUCGUUUUAGUGAAUUACAGGGGUCAUAUGAUGCGAUUUCAAUUUUUCCUUUCUCUUUG